UGAUGAUGCGUUUCUUUUUCUUGUCAGGGGUGGCGGCAAAAAAAAAUAAGUCACUUUUUGUACUAGAUAACGUUACUUCCUUUCUUACUGUGUACCGUUUUCGUUUACAGGAAAAAUGAGUCUGUCAAGAGCUGUAACAGACAACUGUUCCUUUAGCUGCAUGGAAAGGGUGUCAACUCUCACUCGAAAUGGCUAAGUUAAAACAAAGAUAGGCUAAUGGAAGCAAAAGAGUUAUUGCAACGUUUCGAUACUCGCUCGCGCUUGUUGCUGGGAGCUCUCCUCUUGGGUUCAGCUGGAGUUUCUAAAGCGUUGAAAGUGUUCAAUCGUCAACGCAUUUCGGAUUCUGAUUUUCCGCUGCGUAAUCUACUGGAAAGGCUGUGCCAAGGAGAACCCUGUUUAGAUAGGGAGAGCCAAGCACUGACAUCAAAACCUUUGGUGUGCUUGUUUCCUGUGUCAUUCAAAUGGAGCCUCUUGUGCUUUCUACACCUCGUACAUACCAUCCUACCAAAACACUGCAUCCUAAGUUUGAUAGACUGUUUGAGCCAAGAGGGAAAUGCAGAUCCAUGGACUGCUGCCCUGGUUGGCCAGCUGCACCGAGACAUACUAGAGGGAGGUAGCAGGGAGAUUCUGACUCCACAGUGCAAAAAGAGUGUGAGAGAACUUUGUGACCAAUUCAAGGGCACUGGUCGAAGUGGCGGAUGGUCCUCUUACUUCGCCAAAACGGAGAUUUGCCAAACGGACACGGUCCCCCCAAGUCAGCUACAGAAAAGGAAAAGUGGGGAAUUGGAUGUGGACUCUAGCCACGAGGGACAACAGAGGAAGAGGAUGAAGAUGGAACUGCCCAACUCUGGUGGUGGUGUAGGCCUACUGGAGGAGGCUGCGGGAGAGACGGAGGUGUCACCAGCAGAUGAGUCUCCUCAGGACCAAACUCCUGCUGAUGAUGCAGUAGCAUCUCUGUUGCCUCCACAUGACUCCAGCUCUGUUAUUUUACCAGAACACAUAAAGGCUGCAGUUUCAGUAAUUAAGGAACUUCUAGAGACUGAAAUGGAGUGGGAUCAAAGCACUGUGGCCACCCUUGGAGUGCUGAAUGAAUGUGACCCUGGUCAAGUGGACAUGCUAUGGGGGCUGCUGCAGCUGGCCGAGGUGCCAGAGCAGCCCUUAGCCCAGUUCUGCUCCUGCCUGCUGGCCCUGUCUCCAGACCUCAGCCACAGCGUGGCCGCCGCCCUCAUCAGGAACCUGCUGCUCAACAAGAUUGUCUGUUUGUCAGAGCCAGCCUCCCGGUUGUUGUCGUCGGCCGUGUCAUCAGUGUGCGCCCGCUACCCCAGGCCCAUGUGCCAGGAGGUCAUCAAACCUGUUCUGGAGGGAGACCAGACAGGAACUGUUCAAGUUGAACUAAUCUGCAGACUUAUAGAGGAUUCCCUGGAGCCCCAGUAUAGACUGCUGGUCUUUGGAAUGACUCUCUCUGGAUCCUGGAAUGAGAGUAUACUCUCUGUCAUCCACUGUCUUCUGGAGACAAGGUUGGAAUUGACAGAGGAAUGUUUCACACGGUUCACGAACCAGCUCAGCAGUCAGUCGCCAAGUUUUGUCAAGUCCAUGAAGUUUGCCAAGAUGCUGCUCACAGUGCUGACCAAAUACCAGAGCCAUGUUAAAGGUGGCUGCAGACACACUCUAUCCUGCUGCCUAGAUGCUAAUGGAACAUUUCUGAAGAAAUCCCUUCAGGCAGCACUCAAACGGAUUUCCCACUAAUGAGGGAUCUCAAGUAGAAACUCCACAGCAUCAACAACUGAUGGACACUGUAGUUGUUUCUUGAAAUGAACACUAAGGAGAAAUAUAAUGUGUUUAUAGUAAAAUGAUUGUGUUUAAAUGGGUUUUUAUUACGUUAUCUGCUGCAGGCCUACACAAAUGCCUGCAGUGUAUAACUUUUACACUGUCUCGAUCUCUGUGCACAACUCUGUUUUCUCUCAUUGCCAUCUUAACUCCCUCCCACCCUCAUAGUCCUCCCUCUCAGCAUAUCAACUCAUUUAUGGACAUUUUUAUGGGGAUUUAUUAUUUAACAAUACACAGAGGACAAUUCACAAAUAUUUUCGGUGAUCCACAAAUAGUUCACUAUCCACAUGCCUGUAUUUAUUUAUCUGUGCUGUGUAAAUUCAUAUCCACAAAAAUACAAAGCGAAUUGUACUUGUGAAA